CUUGCAGUUGCCCUUGUUUUGACCCUAAGGAGGACUGUGUGGGAAGUUUGUCUCUCAGAUAGAGCAGAAGCACUGCUCUGUAGAAUGUCUGGAGCCUAAGUAUAUGAAAAAAAAAAAAGAAAAAGGAAGAAAGAAAGAAAACCUAAACCCUGAUAAAUAGGGGAAAGGCCCAAUUUGCUCCAGCUGGAUUUCAGGGAGUUGAAGUAAUUGCUGAAUCAUAAUAUACUCCACUCUGUAUGGAAGAGGACAGACUGUAGUUUGGUCUUCCAUCUCACAGUUGUUUCUCACUUCAUCUCCUCCAGAUUGAAGCUCCCCUUGUGACAAGGAAAAACAAUAAAUCAAAACCGUGCAGUACGGAAACCUAUUCUGACGCUACACAUAAUAUUCUGUCUUAGCAAUUCUCUGCCUCCUUGCCAUGAGGGAGCAGGCUUUAUUCUCAAAAGCCCAUUGUUUACUGAAGUGAAUGAAGCAGUGGGAGUUGUACCAGAAUAUGGCAGAUACUUAUGUGGCAGUAUCGGAUGGGUACUGUCUUGCUGAACCUAUACAGUAUUAUGAUGUAAUGCCAGAACAGAUCAAUUAUCAACUGCAGGACCCUGAUUACCAAGUGGCAUCUUACUGUCAGUAUUCAACCGUCCAGUUUUCUCCAGCUUUACAGUCUCUACCUUCUCACAGUCACUGUAACACAUACAGUCUGGAUUCCCAGUAUAAUGAUGGGCAAUACAUACUCAGCACUAGUGAAUUAAAUAAGCCCACUUGUAUGGUUACUCAUGAUGCUGAGGAUGGAUAUCCAGGAAUAAAAAGAUCUAAGCUAAAUCAUUCUUCUGUGAGAAUUAAAGGACAAGAAGAACUUUGUGUAGUUUGCGGUGAUAAAGCUUCAGGAUAUCAUUAUAAUGCACUUACCUGUGAAGGUUGUAAAGGUUUUUUUCGUCGCAGCAUCACCAAAAAUGCAGUAUACAGAUGCAAGAAUGGUGGGCACUGUGAAAUGGACAUGUACAUGCGUAGAAAAUGUCAAGAAUGCCGUUUGAAAAAGUGUAAGGCAAUGGGAAUGUUAGCAGAAUGUUUGCUAACAGAAGUACAGUGUAAAUCCAAACGACUUCGAAAAAACUUCAAGCAGAAGAAUAGCUUUUUUUGUAACAUCAAAUUGGAAGAAGAAGGCAUAGAUAAUAAGCAUGUGUCAUCUACAACUAGAUCUAGAAAAGUGCUACAGGACAGAAUAGAACUAACUCCAGUGGAACAUCAGCUCAUUGAUCACAUCGUGGCUGCUCAUCAAAGAUACACAAUUCCACUAGAGGAAGCAAAGAAAUUACUCCAGGAAUAUGCAAAUCCUGAGGAAAGUUUCUUGCGGCUUUCAGAGACAGCAGUGCUUCAUGUUCAGGUGCUGGUGGAUUUUACAAAGAGACUUCCAGGAUUUGAAAGUUUGGCCAGUGAGGAUCAGAUUGCAUUGCUGAAGGGGUCAACAGUUGAAGCAAUGUUCCUUCGUUCAGCUCAAAUCUAUAAUCAGAAAGUUAAUGAGUGUCUUUCGUCAGUCAGUGAAAAUGCUGUAAGGUUUUCUGAUCAUUCAUUAAAUUAUCACAAUCAGAAUGCGGAUCAAAGUGUUCUUUAUUCUAUGGAAACACGUCACAAUGAAGAGAGUCCAACUUCUACUACUACAUCUGGCAUCACUGAAGAUUUUAUUACUGCACUCUUUUACUUCUACAAAAGCAUGGGAGAACUUAAUGUUACUGAAACUGAGUAUGCUCUGCUUGCAGCGACAACUGUGUUUUUUUCAGAUCGUCCACUACUUAAAAAUAAGCAACAUGUGGAAAAACUACAGGAACCAUUUUUAGGAAUUUUGUAUAAAUAUUCAAAAAUAUAUCAUCCAGAAGAUCCUCAACAUUUUGCUCGUCUCAUAGGAAGACUUACUGAACUCAGAACACUGAAUCACAACCAUUCAGAAGUUUUGAUCACCUGGAAAUCCAAGGACCCCAAACUUAAUAGUUUACUCUGUGAGAUUUGGGAUAUGCACUGAAUAGCUACUAAUAUUGUGAGAUUCCACCAUCACCUUGUUUUUUUCUUAAAUUUCUUGAAACACAAAUUGUUCAUUUACUUUGUUUUUAAAAAAUUUUAUUUUGUGCCUUGUGUUUUUACAGUACAGUCAUUUUUCCUUUAACCACUCCUUCCUCCUCCUUCUGUUUGCCACACGUAUCCUACCUUGUAACAGAAAAUAGACACUGCCAGUUUAGACUUUUAUCUGUAUUUCAUGUCCAAAAUCCCCUUUCUUCUUUCCUUCCUCAUCUCUACCUCUUAGCUUCCCUGGUUUCCUUUAAAUCUCAGAUAAAACUUCACCAUCUACAAGAAGUCUUUCUCAAUCCUAAUCUUAUUGCCUUCCCACUGAGAUUAUCUUCAAUUUACCCUUUAUAUAUCCUGUUUAUACAUAGCUGUUUGCACAUUGUCUCCCCUAUGAGACUGAGCAAAAGACAAGGUGGUCUAUCAUUAACCCUUUGCAAAGUGCCUGACUGCUUGUCUGGCUGACUGAGUGAGGAGGAUGUGUAUUUCAUUAUCAGUUUUCCAAGAGCAAGAUCGAUCAUGACAAUGGUUGUUUUUCAGUUUUGUUAUCAUCUACAUUCAUUUAGUCACUAUAUAUUAUUUUCUUGGUUCUGCUUUCUUUUUUUAUGUACUUCAACAUUUAAAGUAAGUUUGACACAGAGGAUGAAUGAAUGAAUACUAAAGGAUUAAUGUGUGAAAAACUCAAUGUUUUAGCAAAAAAAAGAAAAGAAAAAAGAGAGAGCAUCAGUGCUUGUCUUAUUUUGUAGAACAGUUAAUAACAUUGGCGAAGGGACAUCUAAGACCAUCCUGGGUGGAGGCACAAAUGUCCUCAUAUAGUACUGUUGCUGAUUGGUUCUUUUCAUGCAACUAAUGAUCAGCUGAGGGAAGUUAAGGACUGCCCUGGCAACAACAUUCACUAUCAAGGCCCUCAAACUUUCUGUUUCCAUUAAAUAGACAAGCAUACAUGUCCUCAAAUUAUUUUUGGAGCUGAAGACAAUUUCUAGACAAAACGAGGAAGAAAAAGACAAGCUGGUGCAAAUAGUUGUAGUUAGAGAAAAGUUCACAUUGAUGUAGUGUUUAACAUCAAGUUAGAGAUGAAAAAACAGGAUUAGAGAGGUUCAUAGCUGAUAUUCAUUAUAUAGUAGCUUUAGGAUGUCCAAAGCAUAUUACAUCCAAGAUCUCACUUGAUGCUCACAAUAACCCAGCAAAGCAGAUUCGACAGAUGUUAUUAUCCUCAUUUUACAGAUAAGAGGACUAGGGUUGAUGGAGUUUACAUGGGUCACCACUCAUAAUACAGCUAGUAAGUGAGAUAACCAUUUAACACUCUAUCUUUUACAAUGUACCGUCUCUCAGGGAGUUUGUGGCAGUAAAAUCACAACAUGAUUAAUAUCGUUCAGCUUUUAAUGACACUUUGAAUAAGAUAAUACCUGGACAAUUUAAAAUAUAUUCCUAUUACAAUGCUUUGUAAGUGAUAAAAGAAGAAAUGGGUGGUAGGGGCAUUCUACUUGUCCUUCUGCCUUUAUUUGUUUAAAUCUUACUUUUUUAUUAAAGAUACAUUUACUUUAUUUUAAUUUUUCCCUUUAUUACUCUUCUCAAAACUUUUAAUUAAAAAAUUGCUUAUCCUUGUAAUACAUUUUUUUAGGGUGUGCUAGUUUUGAUAAAGUGGCAAAAUAUACUAGAUUUUGAUCACAUUUUUGUACUGUAUUUUGACUUUUUUAUUGUGCUACCUGAUGUACACUAACAUCCAGUUCAUAUCAGUAAAGGAAGUGAUCUAUUACAAAUCAAUUUUGAAAGUUUGUGAAUGAUGUAAAAAUAUUGCAACUUUAUGAUAAAAUGUCUCCUUGAAACUGGGAAAAUGUAGCCUUAUUUUUAAUCCUUAUAGCUAAUAUUUUUGUAUGCCUUUUACAACUUUUGUAAAAGUAAUAUUGUUCUCAAAGCACAAAAGUAUUUUCACAAAUAUGUUACAGUUAAGUUAAAUUUUGAGAAAAUUGUGAGGCCUGUGGCCUUGGGAACCAAUGAGUUCUACUGUGGUAGUAAUGCUUUCCAAGACUGGGUAGAAAUAAAAACAGAACCCUGAAAAUUAGUGGGAAAAUAAUCGUCAUCCCCAGGAAUAACAUCUGGUGAACUUCAAUAAAGAGCCAAUACAAAGA